GGACAUGGAAAGGGAGAGGGGGGCGUGUUUACCCCUCCUCCUCUCAGGGCCUGUGCAUGCACCUGACCGGGCAGCACAGACAAUAGGAGGGAACGAGCAAGGGAAUGAGCGAGAGAGAGGGAGCGGGCAAGGGAACGAGAGCGGGCGAGUGAGAGAGGGAGAGAGCAGGCAGUCCCGACAGUAGGAGGCGGAGGCUGUGAGCGCGUGAAUAGAGCCGCAUAGCAGUCAGCAGGCAGGCAGACACAAAGGGGGUGGUGUCGCUCACCCAGCACUGACAUCGGCGUGGGGACAGCACAAGCUGCAAGAGAGGGACCGGGGGCUCGUGCGUGGAUUUCCUUCGGCAUUUGUGGUCUGACUCCAGGUCCUGAGCGUCCUGCCAUCGCCAUCCUCAUUUUUCUAGUUCUGGCUCUUCCCAGAUCCCGGAUCCUGCCCUGCCUGUGACUUCCGCAGUAGGGGGGGCUCAGCUCGCCCUGACCGAUUGACCCCCUCCCCCCCCCCCGACUCAGCAGGCACAGUGGCGACAGCGGCAGGGGCUUUGGGGGCUUGGGUGUGGGAACACACCCCCUGCUGUCCGUGGAGCUUCUCUCGGCAUCCUGCCAGAUUAAUACCCGUAUCCUAAAGUUACUGGGGGGGCUGCUGUCCCCAUUUGGCAGCGCCGCGUGGAGGCAGCAGUGUGUGCGAGGGCUGGAUACUGUCGUUGGGGGGGGGGGCUGCCGGUGGUCCUGUACUGUCGCUCUAGUGGGAGUGUUUUUAUUUCGGUCCAGUUUUUUUUUCUUCUCUCUUCACUCCUCCGGGUGGCCCCCCCAGGAUGGGGGACGGUGGCCGUGAGCCCCAGCGGCUCUCGCCCUUCCGCAUGCUCAAGUUGCUGGAGACGUGCCGGCCUGUGGGCAAUCGCAUCGGCAUAGUGCAUGAGAACGUGAAGAUGGGCUCAGAUGGCGAGAGCGACCAGGCGUCUGGCACGUCCUCCGACGAGGUUCAGAGUCCGGUCAGAGUCCGCAUGCGGAACAACAGCCAUCGGCGCAUCUCCAAUGAGGACAUCAACAAACGGCUGUCCCUGCCUGCUGACAUCCGUCUCCCGGAGGGGUACCUGGAGAAAUUCGCCAUGAACAGCCCCCCCUUUGACAAACCGCUGAGCCGCCGGCUCCGUCGGGCUUCCCUGUCUGAAAUCGGCUUCGGGAAGCUGGAGACGUACAUCAAGCUGGAUAAGCUAGGGGAGGGGACCUACGCCACUGUUUAUAAAGGCCGAAGCAAGUUAACAGACAACCUGGUGGCCCUGAAGGAGAUCAGACUGGAGCACGAGGAGGGGGCUCCCUGUACUGCCAUCCGCGAAGUGUCACUGCUGAAAGACCUCAAACACGCCAACAUCGUCACCCUCCACGACAUCAUCCACACUGACAAGUGCCUGACGCUGGUAUUUGAGUACCUGGAGAAGGACCUGAAACAGUACAUGGACGACUGCGGGAGCAUCAUGAGCGUGCACAAUGCCAAGAUAUUUCUCUUCCAGCUGCUUCGGGGCCUGGCCUACUGCCACCGGCGGAAAGUGCUGCACAGAGACCUCAAACCCCAGAAUCUGCUCAUCAAUGACAAGGGCGAGCUGAAGCUGGCAGACUUUGGUCUGGCCCGAGCCAAGUCUGUACCCACCAAGACCUACUCUAAUGAGGUGGUAACACUGUGGUACCGGCCACCCGAUGUUCUUCUGGGUUCUACGGAGUACUCCACUCCCAUCGACAUGUGGGGUGUAGGUUGUAUUUUCUAUGAGAUGGUGACAGGGAGGCCUCUCUUUCCUGGAUCCACAGUAGAAGAUGAGUUGCACCUGAUAUUCAGAGUCUUAGGUACUCCCACAGAGAAGACCUGGCCAGGAAUCAGCAACAUUGAAGAAUUCAAAACAUUCAAGUUCCCACGCUACUAUGCCGAAUCCCUGGUGAAACACGCACCCAGGAUAGACAGCGAUGGACACAACUUGCUAUCACAGCUACUUCAGUUUGGGGCAAAAAAGCGCAUCUCGGCCGAGGAGGCUCUCCGGCACUCCUACUUUCACAGUCUAGGGGAGCAGGUGCAGACGCUGCCUGACACUGCGUCCAUAUUUUCAGUGAAGGGCAUUCAGCUCCAGAAAGAUCCAGGGAAACGGUCCACUGCAUUCUCAGAAACGGCAUCCCUUAAGCUGAGCUCAGCACCCUCAGAGUUUUUCCAGAAUGAUGAUGCCAAAACUGAGACUCUCACCUUCACAUCCCCCUCUACCGGCUGAGUGACCUUCCCUCACUUUGGCCGGGCGAAGAAUCGCAGGCAGAGCAUGCUGUUUUAGCCCCCUGCGGCUGGACUGUCGGAAUGGAGUUCCGACUUGUUGCCCCAAAACAUACAGAGGAAGAAGCAAAAAGAAUUGUGAAGAAAAUAAAGCACAUGGAAGCUAAAAGAAGAAUAAGGCAAAAAUAAACUGUUGAUGCUGCUGUCAUGCUGGAACUGGGAAUAUUUUAUACAGUUUCAAAUAAUUUUACAUUUUUCUUUUUCCUAAGACUAGCAUUGUUCAUUUGCCUAACUUUAAGGGGCUGUCACCCCAAGUAAUUUAAAGUAGCAAAGGAAGGUGGCUGCUGUUCUCGGCUGAGAUGCCACCCUCCACCUCGGCUGUAGACUUUCUUUUUCAUUGUGCAUCCUGACAUCCCGCCGUCUCUGACCGCUGGAACGUACGGUGACCGGCAGACGGUGCAGGGUGAGGUUUUGUUUCAGCGUGUCACUAGCAACAUGCAGCCAGAGUGAACAGUUUAAUCGCAUAAAAUAUUAACCGUCAAUGGGACAGACUGCAUAUAAACCACACACUACCCACCUAGGUCAGUAUAAGCAAUGCAGCUGCACAGCUCAGGGCAGAUGAUCUCUGCAGGCUCCCUGACAGCAGCUGUGUAACAGGGCCCAGCAGUGCAAAGCUCUGCCUGACCUAAGAGGCUUCCUCCUUUGCAUCAGAUAGGGCUCCAACAUCCUAUAAAGUAAAUUUAUCCCAAACCUCAAAGACCUUUGAACAUUAUACCUUCACUCAGACUUAAUGAAUUCUCUCAUUAACCUAAAGCAAUUACUGCAGCAGAGAAUAGUUUACUUCUGACUCAGGUUUGCUAUCUGUUCAUCCUCGUCUAUACGUCAUUGCACACAAACUUUUAUAAUUUGUUAUAAAAUUAUACUGUUUCUUUUUGACGUUUUUUGCUACGAUACUGUAUUUCUGGAUUUCAUUCCCUUUCCCCUAUGUUCUGGAAAUGCAGCUGUGUGUGGCAGUUAAUAUCCCUUGUGAGACACGCUACUUGGCGUGAGAGUCUGUAAAAACACACAGUAAACCUGUCCGUAAGGCCUUUGCAUGCUCCCUCAAUGACCUGUGAACCACAUCAGGGCUUCUGUACCAGUAACAGCAAGACAGACUCAGUCACCACAGGGCAGGCUUGUGGAAUUCAAACAACAUUAAACUCUUAACAAAGUGUUGUUUUCUUAGUUGUUUUUAAAAUACCACAUAAUUGCUGUUAUAAUUUAGUCAUUACAUAAAAUGUAAUAUAUCCCAGCAUUGUCUCCUUUGAGUUACUUAAUUUGUCUGUGAAAACAGUGGAUUCUGGAAGCUGGAGUGGUCCACAGUGGGCUUUGUAAGCCGAUCAUGAAAAUAUUGUAUAUAGGAGAAUAUUUCUGCGAGUGACUGACAACACAGAUUAAAAGUUUAAAUCAUAAUCUUAUUUAUAUUUGUUUGCAUUAAGCGGCAGGUACAGGGUAAUCUCUAACCACUUUGACUGGAGUAACAAGACUGAUUUGUCAGAUGGGGGUUUGGCUGACUGUGCAGUGAUCCUGGCCCCCCCUGUCUCCCUGUGCAUGGAACUCUCAUCUUUUGCCUUUGACCACCGCCUCCCUUUUUCUGUCACUAUAGGUGACAGAGACGUGGUCAUUCACGCUCAGAGAAAUUUAGAACUGUUCUUAAAAUUGAUUGCCAACAGAUUUUAGACUAAUUAAAUUAAUGGUCAUUUAGAACACAGAUACUUUAUUCAUGUCUGUGGGGAAAUUCUCUUUUCACCUACCCCAUCUUCUCAAUGAGAGACACACAGGUGAGAGCAAGCUUGGGGGUUACAGCACCGGUACAGCUGGGGGUUAAGGGCCUUGCUAUUGGGUCCAUGGACACGUGAUUGGUUUGCCAAGGCUGGGGCUCAAACCAGCAACCUUUGGGUCACCAGCACAACGGCUAAACCCACUGUGCCUGUAAUCAGAAGGUAUCUGCUAGUCUAGAGUCUGCUCUUAAAUCUAAUCCUAAAUUAAAUAUGAGUUUUUUGAUUAAAAUCAAGUCAGUCUUGGAAUAUACCUUACUAAUGUUGGUCUGAUCCAUUAAUUGAAUUGUGUUCUGUUCUGUUGCUGAGAAUAUUUAUGUUAAUAAACAGGAUUUAUUCAUGAG